GUGAACGAACAAUUAAAUUCAGUUUUUGAGCGAUCAGAUGUCUGAUGGGUUGGGCACCACUAAUCUGCGCUUUACGCUUCGUGUGCGCAUACUCCAAGGUAAAGUAAAGGCGCCGGUUUUUCAUUUAAAAGCCCUACGGAGGAAAGGAAAUAUCGAUGCUAAACUCUCCUCUUUUAUAGCACGACAAUGAGAGAUGGCGAUAUCGCUCCACAAAAUAAAACCUGCUCCACUUUCUUAACAGUAAUAUUUGUCCAGGAUUUUUAGCCUUCUGGUUUAAGAGAAAAUCUAUCAUAGGAUGGAUAGCUCGGGUAAUUCUAGCAAUGACUCUUGUCAACCUACUUAUUUUUGCGAAGAGAAUGCGAUAACGCACGAUAUACCAUACCUAGUGGAUGCUUGGCUGGUGCCACUGGUCUUUGCGCUGAUUAUGGUCAUUGGACUUGUUGGGAACUCUCUUGUUCUGUAUGUAAUUUCAAAGCAUAAGAAAAUGUGGACUGCAACAAACCUUUAUAUAGCUAAUCUGGCGAUGACGGAUAUUACAUUCCUGGUCUGCUGUGUCCCUUUCACUGCCGUAUUAUACCCUUUACCCAGCUGGGUCUUUGGAAAUUUCAUGUGCAAAUUUGUAAGCUAUAUCCAACAGGUGUCUGCACAGGCUACCUGUGUGACCUUGACGGUAAUGAGUGUGGACCGCUGGUAUGUCACUGCUUACCCACUACGUUCUCUCCAAUAUCGCACCCCAAGAGUUGCCACCAUGGUCAGCCUUGGAAUCUGGAUAGGAUCUUUCUUGGUGUCUCUGCCAGUGCCACUGCAUACACAGACUUCAGUUGGAGAAUGGCACGGCCCUCAGGUUUUCUGCACUGAGAGCUUUCCCACAGCGGCCCACAAGAAGGUCUUCAUCAUCUACAAUUUUUUGGCUGUAUACAUGCUCCCCCUGCUGAUGAUCUGUGUCUGUUACCUGGUCAUGCUGUACCAGAUGGGCCGACCGGUUGUGGAACCUGUUGAUCAGCUGCAGCUUCAGACUGAGCACAGUGUUGCUGUGAGGGCCAGAGUGUCUCGUAUGGUGCUGGUGAUUGUGCAGCUGUUUGUCCUGUGCUGGGGCCCCAUCCAGCUCUUCAUCCUGGUGCAGGCCUUCAGUGUGCACUUCCGCCAGGACUACUACACUUAUAAAGUGAAGAUAUGGGCACACUGCAUGUCUUACAGCAACUCUUGCAUUAAUCCUAUAGUCUAUGCCUUCAUGGGUGCCAACUUUCGCAAGGCCUUUAAGAGAACUUUCCAUUGCCUUUUCAAGCAAAGGGUAACUGUUGCCCAGCAGCCGAAUGGGAAUGCCAACACUGAGAUGCACUAUGUGUCAUAGGUUCUUUUCUCCUGUAUUUUAGUGUUGUUUAAGUAAACCACAGUUGUGUCACUCUAUCUUUUCCAUUUUCUCUUGGUGUGAAAACAUAAUCCUGAUACUUUAACUAUGUUGAGGGAACAUUAGUAAUGGAUGUUAUGCUUUGCAUGUUUUUGUUUGUUUAUAAUCUAAAUUCGAUUGGCAAAUUAACGAUUUGCAGCCUGAAUCUUGCGUAAAUCAUAUCUCUGCCACUGAAUGUAUAUGAAAUAUCUGUCCACUAGGUGGAGAAAUUGUGCCAUAAAUGUAAGUAGCUUCUGCGCGAGGUAGAGGUAUUUGCAUAAAAUCCAUCAAAAUUAAAUUAUUUGAUUGAGGAUGGAGGUUAAAUGUGAACAAAAACAAUUAAGAACUUAUUAUUGAA